GCGUAAGAUCGUGACUUGCAGCGCUGUGUUUUAUGUUCGACUGUUUCUGUUAAAACGGACGUAGGGUAUGGUUUAAAAAGAUGAGGCGUUAAGUCUCACUGAUAUUACGACGUAGUGAAUGAACUGUUCUUCAUCGCCUUCUAAUCAUGGAACAAAGAGGACGCAAAGCGUGGAGGGAGCGACACAAUUGGUUUGCCUUCAUGGUUGUCUUGGAUAUUUUAUGGAGCGGAGCUUCUGCGCAGAUCAGAUAUUCGAUAUCUGAGGAGGUUCAAGAUGAAACCGUCGUCGGGAAUAUAGCAAAGGAUUUGGGGCUGGAUAAGAGCGCACUCAGAGACAGAGGAUAUCGCAUUGUAGCGGGCUCAACCGAGCCCCUGUUUCAAGUGAAUCAAAAUGAUGGUAUCUUGUAUGUGAAAAGGAGGAUAGACAGGGAAGAGGUGUGCGACCGGACCAGCCCAUGUUUAAUCAAUCUGAAAACCGUGCUAGAAAACCCGCUGGAGAUCCACUACGUGGCAGUGGAAAUACUUGAUAUAAAUGAUCACUCGCCUGUUUUUCCAGAGAAAGAGAAAAGGCUUGAGAUCUCUGAGUCGGCCGUACCGGGAGCGAGAUUUCAACUACAGGCUGCGCGCGACCCGGACGUAGGUCAGUUCUCCAUUCAGCAAUAUAAACUCAGCCAUAACGAAUAUUUUAGAUUAGAUGUGAAAGAUAGAGGCGAGGACCGUAAGGUACCAUUUUUAGUUCUGCAGAGGCAGCUGGAUAGAGAGACAGCCGGGAAACUUAAGCUACGUCUAACAGCUGUUGAUGGAGGGAAACCGGUGAAGUCUGGCGCAAUAGAAAUUAUUGUGGAUGUGCUUGAUGUUAAUGACAACUCACCGGUGUUUACCCAAGAGACCUAUUCUGCCACACUUAAAGAAAAUGUUCCUGUUGGCACUGUAGUGAUCCAGGUAAAUGCAACAGAUUUGGACCAGGGUGCAAAUAGCGAAAUAAUAUAUUCAUUUGGAAACGAAGUUGAUUCAAAGUUAAUGGAUGUUUUUAGUAUAGAUGCAAACACAGGUGAAAUUAAAGUCAUCGGUCAGAUAGACUAUGAGGAAAGUAAAAGUUAUGAAAUUGACAUUCAGGCGUCUGAUAAGGGACCAGUUCCUCUAACAACUGAUAAAAGUGUUAUGAUAUCUGUUAUUGAUGUUAAUGAUAACGCACCUGAGAUAGACGUGACAUCAUUUUCUAGCUCCAUCAGAGAGGAUUCAAAGAUCGGAACGACAGUGGCCCUGAUUAGUGUUAGUGAUUUAGACUCUGGAAUCAAUGGAAAAGUCAUUUGCACUAUCAAAGAAGAAGUGCCUUUUACUCUAUCUCCAUCAUUACAAGAAAACAUGUACGCUGUUGUAACCAGGUCGCAGUUGGACAGGGAGGUUGUUGCUCAUUAUGAUGUCACAAUUGUUGCAAAAGACACAGGUGACCCGGUGUUUUCAACGGAAAAGACUAUAAGCAUCGUAGUAUCAGAUGUUAAUGACAACAGUCCAGUGUUUUUAAUAAGCCCAUAUGUAUUUUAUAUUAGUGAGAACAACAGCCCCGGAGCUUCAGUGUUUUCAGUAAAAGCCUCUGAUCGUGAUGAGAGUGAUAACGCUCAAAUUUCAUAUCAUAUUUUUAGAGAAGCAAGUGGAGGUAACAAAUUGACCUCAUUCUUAAAUAUUAACUCUGAAAAUGGACACAUUUCAGCACUAAAAAGUUUUGACUUUGAAACAGUGAAAACUUUCCAGUUCCAAGUUGUCGCCACAGAUUCAGGAACUCCGUCACUAAGCAACAACGUGACAGUGAACGUGUUCAUUCUGGAUCAGAACGACAACGCUCCAGUCAUCCUGUAUCCAGUCAGCUCCAACGGUUCUGCUGAAGGUGUGGAGGAGAUUCCCCGCAAUGUCAACGCAGGACACUUGGUGACUAAAGUCAGAGCCUAUGACGCUGAUAUAGGAUAUAACGGCUGGUUACUCUUUUCACUGCAGGAAGUCACUGACCACAGUCUCUUUGCUUUGGACCGCUAUACAGGACAGAUCAGAACACUUCGCUCAUUCACAGAGACAGACGAGGCUGAGCAUAAACUGCUCAUACUGGUCAAAGACAAUGGCAACGUUUCACUCUCAGCAACAGCUACUGUCAUUGUCAAACUUGUGGAGCCCAGAGAGGCUUUUGCAGCUUCUGAUGUUAAAAGUGCAACUAAAGUUGACGAGGAGGACAAUGUGACAUUUUACCUCAUGAUAACUUUGGGCUCAGUUUCUCUACUUUUUAUCAUCAGUAUCAUCGUGCUGAUUGCAAUGCAGUGCUCCAAAUCCACAGACUAUACUUCCAAAUAUCUACAAGAGGCUAAUUAUGAUGGGACACUGUGUCACAGCAUCCAGUACAGAUCUGGAGACAAACGCUACAUGUUAGUUGGACCCAGGAUGAGUAUAGGAUCUACUAUAGUCCCUGGCAGCCAUGCCAACACACUAGUGCUCCCUGACAGGAGGAGGGGAUCUGGAGAGGUAAGCUCAAUGGUUUUACUCUCCUAUCGCUCAUUAUAA